UUCCCCACCUCCUGCCUCUCCCCUGUUCUCUAAUCUCUAUUGAUCACUGCACUGGAGAUAGAAGUUCAAGUUUCUAGAUCAUAUCACACAGCUCCGAACUUCCAAAGUUCAGUUUAUUUCUGAUCGUCCGUCCGGCAAAUAUACACUGUGUCCAGAUACAGAAGUCUACGUAGAUCUAGACUCUAGAUCUAGAUCUACGUGUAAAGCUGAGCCAAAUCUUAAUUUCAAGUGAGGAAUCCAAAAUUCGUGACAAUCUCCGGUUUUGUUUGGCCGCCAAGCCAAGAGUACUUCUAAAGUUGUUCCCCAGGCAGCAUGCAAUGUGUUGGGCCAGAUGAAAGCCCCACAACACCACGGAAACAUAUUGCUGGUCUGCCAGACUUUGGAUGGCGAGUGCCAUUCACUUAUGAAUGCAGUGUGAAAUGUGUUCCAUUCUCCAAACCCAGGCUGGGGCAGAUUCCACAAUAUGUAGGUCUUGGACUCAGAUAUGCAAAAUUUUGGAUACAGAAAAAACGCCAGGGAAGGAGGCCAUUCAUUGACCAUCUAAAUCAAAUGAAGCAUAAACCCAUUUACGGAUGUCCUUUAGGAGGUAUAGGAAGUGGAACCAUUGGUAGAGGAUACAGAGGAGAGUUCUGCAGAUUCCAAAUGGUUCCAGGUCUCUAUAAUUAUCAUGUUGUAGAAGCUGAUCAGUUCAUUGUCAACAUAAGAAAACAAGGACAAACAGUUUAUCAAAAAGUUCUGUCGUGUGCUCCAAGAAAGAAAAAAAAGGCCCUUAGAAGCUGGGAUUUCUCAUUUCCCCCUGAGAAUGGAUUGUACCAUGCACUAUACCCUCGUGCCUGGAGCAUUUAUCACAUACCAGAACACAAAGUCACGCUUGUCUGUAAACAAAUUUCGCCGGUCCUCCCGCACGAUUACUUGGAGACAAGCUUACCUGCUGCUGCUUUUGUAUGGGAAAUAUCCAAUGAGAGUACAGAGGACAUUGAGGUCAGUUUGACAUUCACUUUCAAAAACGGAGAAGGCACAAAGCAGGACAAAGCUGGUGGUGUGUGGUCUCAGGCCUUCUCUACUGCUUGUGAUGGAGACCAUGAAGCCAAAGGUGUCAUGAUACAUCAAGAAUUCAAGGGCAUGAAAUGUUCUUAUGGAAUCUCUGCAAAGGCCACCGAUGCAGUGGAUGUGACUGUGAAAACAGAAUUCAAUCCCAGAGGUAGUGGCAGUGAAGUAUGGAACUCUCUACAGAAUAAAGGCCACUUGGACACUGAGUUGAGUUCAGAUCCGUCUCCUCCAACCAGCAAAGGACAAGAAUUAGCAAGCGCUGUUUGUGCAAUGACAAAUGUUUCAAGAGGAGCCAAGGGGCAUUGUGAAUUUUCCCUAAGUUGGGACAUGCCAAAGGUGCAGUUUGCUUCAAGAGAAAAUAUGUACACCAGGCGCUAUGCAAGAAUGUUUGACACAGAUGGUACAGGAGCAUCUAUAUUAUGUGCCUACACUCUACGUAGCUACCCGUCGUGGGAACAGAAAAUUGAAGAGUGGCAGACACCCAUAUUGCAGAGCUCUUCCAUUCCUGCUUGGUACAAGUCUGCAAUCUUCAACGAACUGUAUUUUGUCAGUGAUGGUGGAACUGUGUGGAUUGAGCCAGUGAAAGGAUGUAAAACUGAAUCACAUCAUUCUACUGUGCAAGAGUAUGGUCGAUUUGCAUAUUUGGAAGGUCAAGAAUACCGAAUGUUCAACACCUAUGAUGUUCACCACUAUUCAUCCUUUGCCCUUCUCAUGUUAUGGCCAAAACUGCAGAUCUCUCUUCAGUACGACUAUGGUGAUACUGUGACGUUAGAAGAUUCAGAGGGAGUGAAGUUUUUGAUGAAUGGCGUUAAUGGGAUAAGAAAAGUGGCAAACUGUAUCCCGCAUGAUAUUGGUGACCCUGAGGAUGAGCCAUGGAAGAGAGUGAAUGCUUACAAUAUUCACCCAACAGAUGACUGGAAGGAUUUGAAUCUUAAAUUUAUCUUACAAGUGUACAGAGAUUUCAGUGCCACUAAGGAUACAGACUAUUUGAACUGCAUGUACCCAAAGUGUAAGGUUCUGGUGGAAUCAUCAAAGGUGUGGGACACUGAUGGGGAUGGACUCAUUGAUAACGGGGGCUAUGCUGACCAGACAUUUGACGCUUGGGUUAUGAAAGGCGCGAGUGCGUAUUGUGGGGGCAUGUGGCUCGCUGCAUUGCGCAUGAUGGUGGAGAUGGCAAAACAGCUUGGCAUUUCAGAGGACCAAGAGUUGUACCAGGGCAUGUUGGACCAGGGGCAUGAUUCUUUUGAAAAGAAAAUAUGGAAUGGGUCAUACUAUAACUACGACAGUAGCACUAGUGGCCAUCAUGACAGCGUUAUGGCAGACCAGUUAGCAGGGCAGUGGUUUCUUAAGGCCUCUGAUCUUCAAGAUGAUAAAUUGUUCCCGCCAGACCAUAUUCAGAAAGCAUUGUCUGCGAUAUAUAAGAACAAUGUCUUAGGGUUCCAAGGUGGUUACAUGGGAGCCAUUAAUGGUACUAGGCCUGAUGGAAGUAUGGAUCUCAGCUCCCCUCAGUCGGAAGAGUUUUGGACUGGAAUUACCUAUGCCCUAGCAGCAACCAUGAUUCAAGAGGGCAUGAUUGAAGAGGGCUUCAGGACAGCUUACGGAGCUCAUCAUGUAUGUUGGGAAGUGCUUGGCUUGCAUUUCCAGACACCUGAAGCCUACACAUUGAACCAGGGCUACCGCUCACUGGCUUACAUGAGACCCCUUGCCAUCUGGGCUAUUCAGUGGGCCUUGGAGAAGUUCCACCCUCAUUUGUUGCAGGCGGCUUCCAGGGGUGCUGAGAAAACCUCUGGGGAUGGAGAUUGUACUGUGUCAGAUGUUCAUUUGAAUAUAGGAGCCAACGGUGUGGACGGUGGUGGUGGUCCUGAGGCCGCUGCUGCUGACUAGGAGAUUUACAGAGGAUGUCAUUCUUUGUGAAGUUUUUAUAAGGGGCAAAGAGUGCAGACUCUCUGGCUUUCCUACGAACAAAAAUAUAGCAUUUGUAUGCUAACAAACACUGCCCUUGUCAGGCCUCACUGGUCAGUAGUAAGAUUGUAUAAUUUCUUCCCUGGCUAGCUUUGUGUGGUCAGUUUAUAGUAUAGGAUCAGACCUACUUUUGUUCCACCAAGGAGCGUUCAUGAAACAUAAAACUCCUUGUUUUUGGUUCGUUGAAUGGCUGGAAGCAGGAAAUUAAAAAUUCGAUUCAUGCUUUUCACAGGUUUCUAUAUAUUGGAGGCAGCUGAGAGGUUCGACCAUAGAUAGGUGUCUGUCAUUGCAGGUGUGACUGUAUGCCUGAAUAAUUAUUAUGAAAAGAACCUUUUCAAAAUGAAUAUUUGGUGCUGUAUUUUGUGUACAUUUUGUAGAACAACUUGAAAGUUCAUUGUCAUGUUGGAAGUACAGGGAAAUGAAACUCUGUUGUGAUCAUUUCAAGUGUGUAUGUUUAUUUAAAAGGUGCAAUUAUGUGCCUCAAUAUGACAGAAAUAUUUAAACUCUGAAAUUUUAAAAUAUUUUUUUUUGCUACUUGUAUUGCUCUUUUGACUCUACAGGGGCACUUUUCUGUCUUAAAUGUGCAUGUACAGUAGUCUGAUUUUAAUAGUGGAGCAUCAGGAUUUUUCUUUUUUUUUUAAAUCUUGUUUUGUAGUGAGAGAUGGUAGAGUUUUAAUUCUUUCACUGUGUGCCCAAUUAUAGUCGGUGUGCCAUCAUCAACUUACAAAGCAUCUAAUAAUAAUAAAUAAUAGAUAGCAUUUGUAUAGCGCAUAUCCCCGCUCAACAGCAGGCUCUAUGCGCUUU